AUGCCCGUCCGCGUCACUCCGCGGGCGGAGGACGCACGUCGGGGCGCGGCUCCCUGGCUCGCUUGAGGCUCGGGCUGACACUCGCGCCUUGCGGAGGACCCCGCAAGCCCCAGCGCCUGCCUGGAGGCAAAGGCAACAAUGCAAGGAGCCGCCCGCGCUCCGGCCACCAGCGUGAGCGCCGACUGCUGCAUCCCGGCCGGCUUGCGCCUGGGGCCGGUGCCCGGCACCUUCAAGCUGGGCAAGUACCUGUCAGAUCGCAGAGAGCCCGGGCCCAAGAAAAAGGUGCGCAUGGUGAGAGGGGAGCUGGUGGACGAGUCGGGGGGCUCCCCUCUGGAGUGGAUAGGGUUAAUCCGGGCAGCCAGGAGUCCCCAGGAACAGACUCUGGAAGCUAUUGCAGACUUACCUGGAGGACAGAUCUUCUACCGGGCACUACGAGAUGUCCAGCCAGGCGAGGAGCUGACUGUGUGGUAUUCCAACUCCUUGGCUCAGUGGUUUGACAUCCCCACAACUGCUACCCCCACGCAUGAUGAGAAAGGGGAGGAGCGCUACAUUUGCUGGUACUGCUGGAGGACGUUUAGAUACCCCAACAGCCUUAAGGCACACCUGCGUUUCCACUGCGUCCUCAGCGGCGGCGGGGGCCGCGCCUUCCUGCACCACGAGCACGCGGCUCGCCAAGGCGCCACCCAGGCGGCCGCGGAUGGCUUCGGCCUCUCCCCGAAGCCCACGGCGCCAGACUUCGCCCCACCUGCCCAGGCAGGCACUUUGCGACCCCAAACACAGGCUCCGCAGCCUCCCCAGGCCUGCGGCGCCCGGGAGAGCGUCAAGCGCGAGACCUCUUCCGCGUCCUCGGCCCCCUCGCCGCCCCCGGCCAAGUGGGCGCCGCCUAAAAGGGGCAAGGAGCAGCAAGACCGAGCCCCGGACGUGAGCGGGGCCGCCCGAGCACACAGCCACUUCCUCGGCAUCGUGGGCGGCGCUCCAGCCGGGAGCGGCAGCCUGGCCUUCUACCCCGGGGUGCGCUCGGCUUUCAGACCCGCGGGCUUGGCGCGGGCGGCCGCGGCCGUGCACGGCGACCCCUACCGGGAGGAGGGCGGCGCGGCCGGCGGCGUGGGCCACCAUCACCACCACCACACGCACCACCACCACCACCACCCCAAGUGCCUGCUCGCGGCCGACCCGCCGCCGCCGCCGCCCCCGCCGGGCCUUCCUUGCUCCGGGGCGCUGCGCGGCUUUCCCCUGCUCCCGGGCCACCCGGAGGAGGGGUCCGCCUUCAAACACGUGGAACGCACCCCUCCCGCAGCCGCCGCGUUUCCCGGAGCGCGCUACGCCCCGCUGCCCGCCGCGCCCGCGCUGCCCCUGGAGCGCUGCGCCCUCCCGCAGCUCGACGCGGGCGGCCUCAAGGGCUACCCGGGCGCCGAGUGCAGCCACCUGCCCGCCGUCAUGCCAGCCUUCACGGUCUACAACGGAGAGCUGCUGUACGGCUCGCCCGCCGCGGCCGCCUACUACCCGCUCAAGCUGCACUUCGGGGGGCUGCUCAAGUACCCCGAGUCCAUCUCCUACUUGAGCGGGGCCGCAGCGGCUGCGGCCGCGGCCGCUCUGAGCCCCGCGGAGCUGGGUUCCCUGGCCAGCAUUGACCGAGAGAUCGCCAUGCACACGCAGCAGCUGUCCGAGAUGGCCCUGGCCGGGAAGGGCCGCGGCCGCCUGGACUCUGGGGCGCUGCCGCCCGCCGUGGUGACGGCUGCGGGCGCUGGGGGCGGCGGCGGCGCGGGUGGCGGCGCGAGCAAGCCCAAGACCGGCCACCUGUGCCUCUACUGCGGCAAGCUGUACUCGCGCAAGUACGGGCUCAAGAUCCACAUGCGGACGCACACGGGCUACAAGCCACUCAAGUGCAAAGUGUGCCUGCGGCCCUUUGGCGACCCCAGCAAUCUCAACAAGCACAUCCGACUGCACGCCGAGGGCAACACGCCCUACCGCUGCGAGUUCUGCGGCAAGGUGCUCGUGCGCCGCAGGGACCUGGAGCGCCACGUCAAGUCCCGCCACCCCGGCCAGAGCCUGCUGGCCAAGGCGGACGACGGCCCGGGCACCGAGCCGGGCUAUGCCCUGGAGCCUAGGGAUCCCAAGAGCGACGACAGCGACGUGGACGUCUGCUUCACCGACGACCAGAGCGACGCGGAGGCCGGGGGCGGCGGCGAUCGCGACUUGUAA